AAAAUUGGAUUGGAUUUUGGGUAGUGAUACAUUUUAUGAUCCCAAAGACUUUGAGGAUAUAAUUGCAACUAUUGCAUAUAUACUGAAUUAUCACUCACCAAAAGCAAAGUUUCUAACUUCAUAUCAAGAGCGAAGUUCAAAACGAACUAUUCAAUAUUUAUUAGAUAAAUGGAAACUUAAAUGCCGACAAAUAUCUCUCAAAUCGUUUAAUUUUGAUUAUGACAAAUAUACUAAUAGUAAUAAUAGUGAGUUGAAUGAUUCAAUAAAUAAUACAUCAGAAGCAACUUGUAAAAAAGAAAUGAUAUAUUCAUCUUCAUUGCAGAGUAUUUUCUUGCUCGAAAUUUGGAAAGAUUAA